UGAUAUAAACUGAUUUAUUAGAAGCGUCGUGUUAUUAGCUAGCUGUGUGUUUUCAAAAAGGAGGAAAGCACACCACGCGUUCAAGCGUUCUCCCCCCCGAUCUGCGGAUACAUGGUACGGUCCGCCCGCUUCGUCACCCAUUGUUUACAAACGGACGAGCUGAGCUGCUGCUUUCUGUCGGGCAGCGUGGUGAACGUGGACGCCGGCGAAGACGCUCCCAUUCAUUUGUUUGGAAUAAACAGCGUCCGGGCGUUGGAGAAAGCCAGCAGGAUGCCUUGCCGAAAGGAGAACUACAUCUUUCUGGAGCAGUCCGUCACCGUGGACUCCAAGGAAGUGGACGCUCUUGUGACAAAAAUCGGCGAGGCGCUGCAGCUUCACAACAAUAGCGCCGGCCAGACGAUGUCGUGUCUGCACGGACUCGGCAGCAGCAGCGGCGGCGGCGGCGGCAGUAGUAGUAGCAGUAGCAGCAGCAGCGGCGGCGGUGGUGGCCACGGCAGCAGGCAGAGCACCGGCACCGCGGGCAACCCGAGGCGGGGAGGCUGCUGCAUCCGCCUCCGGAGCCGUAAUUUACGGAGCAGAGCGAGUCCCUACAACAUACCUGGCUCCAGCGAUCAGGAGUGGGACCAUUUCAAAACGUGGAACCGUGGAAAAGGACUCGACGUUACGGGGAGCGAGGACGACCCCCACCAGCUCCUCCAGGAACUCAUACUGUCUGGAAAUCUAAUCAAAGAAGCAGUCAGACGACUACAGUAUUCAGCGGAUUCGGAACACGACCUCGCCAAGCAAAUAGACUGAGCCAUUUGUUACCUAGCUAAAACACGCUGCUGGCCUUACAGUGAGGGAGCGAGCUAGGCUGGCGUGGGCUUUUCUGUACACUGUCGUGUUGGAUUAAGCUGAUUAUAGAAGGAGGAGGGGUGGUGAAAAUGUCGUUAGCUAACCAAGCUAACUAAGAGUUCACUAGGUUAACUAAACUAAGAUAACCAGUGAUUUAUCUCUGCCUAAGCUAGCUUAACGAGACGGUUAGCUAGCUAAUGUUAUUUAACACGACAAUAGUCAUAUGUUGAUGUAUUUGGAGGUUUGUAAAAAAGAAAAAAAAAACGAACUGUACUAGCUAGCUAAACCUAGCUAAUGUUUUGUAUGGUGUCGGGUAGAAAAAUGAACAUGUCUGUCUGACCGUCGGAGCGGGGUGGUGGUGUUCUGUUCUGAAUGUGGCUGGUGGGUUAUAGUGGGGGUUCUUGUCUUUUUCUCUGUCUCAGUAAUGAAAGAAAUGUAAAAGACAGAGUGUUUAUCCCCUGACUGCGCGCACACACACACAUACAUAUAUAUAGCUACACACACCGUGUGAUUGAACUGUGUUUUGUAACAGUGUUACGUUACUGAGUAGCAGACAGUGUUAGACCAGUCUCACGGUGCACAUUGUUUGGUAUGAAAACGGAGGGUUAAACUAAGCUAAUUUGCCUAGCGUUAGCUAGCUCUCUCUCUCUCUGUGUAUAUAUGUGUGUGUGUGCCCGCAUUAGCCAGCCAACAGACGAGUGUAGCGAGUGUGUAACGCUAGCUACGUAAGCUAACCUACGUUAAAACAUGCAGGCUCGCUGUCUCAUUAUGGCGGUGGGUCGUUAACUGGUACUCCUCCUCAGUGUUUGUUUAUGCACAGCCUGAACAGCGAGAUACUCCCCGUUUCUUCAGUGCGUGUGUAACAUUUACCUGGACUUCAGAGUGUCUCUGUUUGUUUCCAGAGCCAACGUGGACACUUUUCUCUUUUCUUUUUUAAAUCAUUGUGAAAAGACUCUGGACACUCUGGGUGUUUUGAGCUGAAACCCAGCGUUUGUUAUUGUAAUGGGAGAUGAAUGGAGGAGCCGUGGAGACGAUCAACAUCAUCAUGAACAACAACAACAACAGACAGUCACACACACUGUGGUGCUUUAGGGAUUCCUGCGCGGAGUUCUUGUGUUUCUCUGGUUUCACCCUGUACACUGUAUGCUUCGUAACGAAGUAUUUUUAUAACCUCCUGAUUUUUUUCAGGCAGUUUGGUGUCUAUAAUAAACACGGUGUUUUCUUUUUCA